AUGAACGCCCCGCCGCCUCUCACUAUAGAAGAGGUUCUGAUGAUCUUUCUUCUCAUCUUUGAGGUCGCAGUCUACAGUCUUCCCACGCACGCGGUUUCUGGAAUCCAUAUCUCGGCGGAUAUGAAGUUGAUCAAAAUCUGGUAUGAUCACGACGCACCGCGAGACGUCAACAACAUCCACGCUUUUCCUCCUGGAUUGGCUCAUCUAGCACCUGUCCUGGCGAAGAAAGACCUGUGCGACACAUUCUGUGCGCUCAUGGGACCAUAUGUCCAGCCAAUAUUACAGGAGCUUUUCGGCGCCACUGUCCGUGUGAUCCAGUUCAUUCCUCGGCCGGCGCUUCAAAUAAUCCAGAACGAGCAUGACCUUCAACCGCGCGCUCACACGGUGCUAGAGGUGACCAUGAACGAUGGUCGGGUUCUCUUCAUGGACGGAACAUCAGAGCAGUUUGGCUGGGAUCGCGACAGCACCUGGCUGAGGCCAAUGUCGGACGUUGUCGCUUAUCACAUGCACACGGCUGAAGGUUUCAACUAUCUGACAGAAGCGGAGCUGGAGGAAGAUCAUGCACUGGUUCUCGUAGCAGACCAAGGGUACUGGGUGUUCGCUGCCGAAAAGAUGGAAGAAGCUAUUGGAGAGCUGGAUUGGGAAGUGUUGCGAGAAAUGGUGCGAAAUGAGCGAGAAGAGUACGUGAAAGCAUUGGCGACUGCGAAGUUCCAAGAAGUCAUCCAGGUUUAG